AUGAAUGCAUUACUAUUGCGAUGGUUCGAUAUCAUUGAUGAAACCGCGUUUUUGUCAAAAGGGAUGGAAAAGUUUACACCACAAUCUCAACAAGUUAUUUAUUCGCUCGGUAUAUUAAUUUCUCUCGAGCUACUUCGAUUAGACCAAGACUUUGCAAUGGAGUCGAUGAGCCAAUAUUCAUACCUUCAAAAGCCCGAUGUACUGGUCAAACUUAAUUCCAUUCUGGGAGUCAAAAUCGUAGACUAUGGAGCGGCUUCACCUUUACUGUUGGCGUGGAGCUUUGUAUUGCAUGCGUUUUCCCUAGCACUUAUGGGUCAGGAUAACGAUGGUGAUGCUGAUAGCAAGACUGGUUUGGCGUAUAAUGAUCCCAAAUAUGACGAUUUCCUUUGUCAGGUUUUACCAAAAUAUAAAAAUAUCGAUGAUUCGAAUCGAUUGGACGUGGUUGAAGAUCUUGGAAUGUACUCUGGGGGUCUUGCGAGCCAAGCUAUGAAACUAGGUGCAUUUACAAAAUUGGCCGAACUAUUUGAAACUCUUCCUCAAAAGCUCGAAUAUGCAAGCACAGGCGCCAAUCUGCUCCUAACCAGUUUGCCAUAUGUCAAUAUGACUGAGUCUAUUGCAAGAGUUAUUCAUAAAAUUAUUUCUCCUUUUAAAGAAGUGUCAGAAAUGUUCUUUUUAGAUGUGUUUGCUGACAGAGCUUUGACCCUAAGUAAAGCCAAGGUUCCUAUAGCCAUAUCACCGUUUCUUAUUCUUGGUCAGUGUUUUGGAGCCGAUUUAUUUGAUCUCAUCUCGCAAAUGAACUCGUAUAUGCAAGAGCUUCCCAAGGGGUUCAGGGAUUAUGAUUUCGUUACCAGAGAGAAGACGUCUCAAAUCGAGCUGACCUCAGAUCUAUUGCUAUUCGAACAUCGUCAGGAGGAUGGUCAGGGUGGUUUUGUUCUGCCUGCUGGCACCAGAGGCGAACUGAUAUCAACAGCAGCCAGCUCUGGUGCUACAAUAGUGAUGUGGAACUGUGACUACAAUGGUUGGACGUUUCUAGGACGCAUUUUGGAGCAGUCUGAUUUAGAUGGAACUUGGGGUCAGUUAGAGCUUGAUAUAUUAAGCGUUAUUAACAAUACUUUGGAAACUUUGUUAGAAAGAAAUCGAUUAGACGACGCGGGUGAGUUGCUUAAUUUUCUUUCAGCCGGCCUAGGACAAGCUGACAUUGUCGCGCUAAUAACUAGAAAGUUGGAAGAUGCCUUUUACAAUCGUGAUAUCAAACUAUGUACAGCAGGUGUUAAAUUCUUGACACUUCUUAUUGCUGUUGAUCCUCGGCGUGUAUGGCCUUAUUUAGGAAGAACGAAACUUCUCGAACGCAAUGGCAGAGGUGGAUAUCUUGGUAUAAUUCUCGGUGCGGUAGAGAUUGUAAAUAAUGAUUUCGAGUUCACCAUAGCAGUCAUAGAAUUAGUGACGGCAUUGGUGCGUGAUUCAUUGGCAAGUUCUCUAGAUACAACAAUUUCUUCAAAGGUGAGAUCUGAAGUGCUGUCUAAGUUUACACGCCAUUUGAUUGACGUGUUUGAAAGCUUUUCUUACUGGAGGUAUAGCAAACCUGAGCAGCGAAUUUCAAUUGCCAUUUCGACAUUAAAUCUGUUUAGUCUGAUUGUGCAUUCUACUUAUCGUUCUGACGGUGCAACUCCAUUGGAAGAAAAGGUUGUCGCGACACUUUCCAGAGCCUCUCAACUAAUUACCAACGAAUUUCUUUCCACUGCUGAGAGUGCUGCCCGUACGUUGUCCACAAUUCUAGGUGCUAUUGAAUCAGCGGCAAAAUCGAACGAUGUGUUAACGGGUGGCACAAAUCUACUUGACGAUCAUGAGCUUAUUUUUGUCAACAUUGCCCUUCAGUUUUCGUCGUUAUUGGUGCGGGUUCGGUCUGUUCUACAACUGCCGUGCUCGUAUCUUGAACGCAAACUGUAUGAGCAAAGUCCUGACCUGGUAUUAAUAUUUCUUCGUUAUUUUGCCCUUCACUCGGCCGUGGUUGAUGUGUUGCAGUCGAUUAUUGGUGGCUACUGGCCGGAUGAACAACCUAGUUUACUAGCUCACUUGGGAACUCAGUAUUCACAAAUGCUUAUUGGAUGUCUGGGUGGGGCAUUGACGACUUCUCUGGAACUUGAUUCUACUAUAGCAUACAUUUGUGACUACUUUUCGACAAUUAUUGAGAGCAAGCAGGAAGGGUUAUCCAUUCUUUUACUCAGUGGAAAGGAUACGAGAAACACGACCGAAAAGGUUGAGACCGUAGUAUCAUUAUUAACUGUUCUUGAAGAGCGUAUCACAAGGACGGCCGGGGAGUCAUCACAAACUAAGCUACCUUCUAUGUUGGCUGACAAAAUGCUAAACUCAAUCUCACUUGCCCAUAGUACGUGGACUUUAAAUGCAGCAGAGGAUAAGACUGAACUCUGCAAGGUGUUGAUAUCGUAUAUUAAAGAGUCUCUCGAUGUUGACGAGGCUGUUUCAUCAAACUUUUUGCUGACAGAUACAAGCUACAAGAUAUCCAUUGCAGCCAGAGCUAUCCGAAUAAUGUCUAUUCAGCUUUACAAAUCUCCCAAAGGGCCUGGAGCCAAAGCGUUUCUUGAUUUCCUUUCUACCGACAACAAUCUUAUCAAGUACACCAAAUCGUUCCUUGUGGUUAAUGGGUUCCGCCCGUCGCUUCAUGGGAAUUUGAAGAGGAAUUUCGAUCAUAAGUGGCCAAAAGCUCCUCUCAGCCGAUAUGCAGCUACUGCUCUUCUUUGUAACAGACCGUAUGGAGUCGAGUAUCUUCACGAUUUAGGACUUCUGGAUAUAGUUCUUCAAAAUCAUGUUGUGUGGGUUGACGGAUAUAGAGGUGAAGUGAUUGAAGCCAAUGUCAAUCUCUCAUAUGUUGAUUCUCAGAUGUGCCGUGUGAAGAGCUGGUGUGGAUUCCUUACCUCGCUGGUAUUAACCGCUUCUAGUCUUGGUGACAAGAAUAUGCUUGAAAAGCUCAACUCCGUAGCGGCUAUUGCGAUAGAGACAAAUCUCGAUGAUAACCUUUCAUUGCCAUUUUUUAGGGGAAUCAUUAAGCUGCGAUUAGAUCUUGCUUUUUUCGUCAGCUACAACCUAUCCAAAACUAAAAUGCAUACUCCCACAGAACAGCAACUGACUACAACAUUCCAACUGCUUGCUGACCCCAGUAUUGAAUUCCUGAGUGCGGCCGGCACGUCUAGUCUGGUAUUAGCGGGAGCAGAGCCAGGACCUGAACCAGGGGACUCGCCUGUUUUCUACAAACAGUUGUUGAAAAUUCUCAAUCUACAACUGGAAAAUAUUUCUGUUGAUACUGGUGGGUUUAGACUCAUCCAAACUAUCCAUGGAAUCCUGGACGUGGUAGCGAUUCGCGGUAUGAAAUCAGUUACAAAUUCUAUUCAAGAGAAUCCGACAACCAGUGGAGUUGAAGAUGUUGUGCAAAUCACAAUGAUUCUCCGUAAAUGUCUUGGAUUCCAUGGAGUGUCGUCAUUAUACUCCAACUUGUCACAAUUAAUGACAGAUACAGGAUGUGAUCAAGCAGUGAUGAGUCUAUUCGCUUACUCUUUAGAUUUGUGCAUUGUAGAAGACGAUCCGGUGUUCGGAGAACUUGCAUUGAUCUACCUCCUUGAAUGGUUGUCCAUUGAUAUUAUGGCUGACAGCUUAGUUUUGGGCGGACUAUUAAACGUUCUUACUGAAAGCCCACUAGCAAGAGCUAUUCAACAUGGUGUAAUCAGAUCGACAACACAUCCACGAUUAUUCGGAAUUUGGACAAAGGGUAUGCUAACUAUCGUCCUUGAGCUCCUUAAACAAUUGGGGUCGAGAAUUGUUGCAGAGGUUAUUGUAUUUUUAAACUUCUACUCUGCUCAAAUUGAAAGUGCUCUUCGAUAUUGGCUCGACCCUCAAGUUGUUAUUUCUUUAUCCAACAUUGAGGAAACAUAUCAGUUAUACCUAUUAUUAGAUGUGGUGAAGAAGCUUGCGGAUCCGGAUCAAACCCGAGUCAUCCCUCCUUUCACAGACAAAGUAAGCGUCAUUGAUUCGUUGGAUUAUUUCCUUAGUCAUCAAAGAUAUCUGUCGUCGAGACUAGUUGUCACGACAGCUGAGGAGCAAAAAUUGUUGUUAGAGCGGCCUUCAAAUGAAGAUUCGACGAGCGUGUUAGCAGGCAAAGUGGUCGAUCAACUGGCUGAUUUGCGAGAAUUCCUGGCCGACAGCAACAACUAG